AUUCGUUUAAAAUAAAAACUGGAACCAGAAUGUGCUUGCGAGCGGGGACGAAAUCGAAGCAUCUUCUUCCCUUGUUUCAAUUGUUGUUUAUCAAUUUUUGUCUCAUCUUUAUCGUCAUCAUCGACCCGAUCUCCCUCCAUCUUUUAUAGUUCGUCCCUGUCUGCAGAGAUGGUCCGCAAUGCAAACCUUGUUCCGUAUCCCUUCUCGAGUCCCCCACCCUCGUGUGCUCGUCUCGCCCGCCGGUAUUUGGGUAUGCUUUUCUGGCAAAGCGUUGGGUUUGCGGCCACUAAACACCGCUCAGGCGAAAAGCUAGACGAUACCAAGGCGUCUUCUGUCGUUGAGAGCUCAUUCGAGUUUUAAAUUACCGAGAAGCUCACGUUUGCCCAGAUGCUUGCAAUGGAAAAUGUCUCAAGAAUCAACAAAUCUCAUCAUCAGUCUUCAUUUGGACUCGUGAGAAGUGGUUAUGAACCAUCUGACACUGAAUCAGAAUGGCAGGAAAGCCCCUGGCAUGAUGGGCUCUUGACUUCAGGCAGGCAAAUAGCUCCUCAACAUCAUCAGCACACUAUAACCGUUAGUCCCUUACAUUAUAAUCAGAAAUAUUUUGAUGAAGGCAACAAUAAUAGGACGACAUAUGUUCCUAGAACCAGUUCAACCCCUAGAAGACAAAAUAGGUUUCCUUAUAAUCCACUCAAAGGCGGUGAAGAACUUAAUUUUCCAUCAGUAGGUUCCAGCUUAAGGAAGAAUACCAGUCCCCUGAAGGCCUCAGAUCAUCAAAGACACAUUUCUCCAUACAGGUCCAGGUAUGAGGAACCUAUUCAUCAAAAUCAUGGGCUUCACCACUCAGUCGGAAAGAGGAGCCAUAGAACACCAACCAGGUCUCACAAGUUGAGUGAUAUUAAUCCCCAUACACAAUUUCAUGAACUUUCAGUGGCAAGUGGCAGAUCAAGUUACAAUGCAAAUAGGUCAGUAUCUGCACCAAAAUCAAAGGGAAUGGAAGAAUUUCAGGUUAUCACUGGUCCUGCAGCACCUACAAGACAAAGAUGCUCACCAUUGGUCAAUACCACGAUUCAUGGUCAGAUAGGCCAUGCAUACCCAAGAGAUCCUCCAAUUACUACAGGAAGUGAUGUGAUUGCUGAUAAAAAUCUCUCUCGAGUUCCCUCAUACAAUGCGUAUGAUCUAAAGAGCAUCGACUCAAUUUCACCUGGUGAUAUCUUCUUUUCACUAGAUCAAGUAGCUUUGGCUCAGAAAAAUUCUGAUACUGGUGUGGGCAAAAAAGACCAAACUUUUAGUCAGAAAACGCAGAUGGUUUCAGAAAGUAAUAUACCUAGCCAUCAGUUCUCUAGAGGGACAAAUUAUUGUGGUCAAACUUCUCAGAGCAUUUCAGUUCGUGGUGUUGUGUCACAAACAAGCAAUAACUCCAGUUCUAUUAGUCAGCGUAGUAAUGGUGGAACAAGCACUAAUUUUUUCUCUUCUAAUACUCGGCUGAGCAAGAGCAGGGUCAGUAAUGAAAGUACCAAGUUUAGUGAUGAUGGUGGAAAAGUUUCUGGAGGUUUUAUUAAGUUUGCAAUUAACCGACAGAAAAACCAAACAGAUUUAUGGUUUUCCUGUGUUAAGGGAGCUUCAUGUGGGAAGUCAAAGUCACCAAAACAUAGGACAAUUGAUGAAGCUUCUUACAUUGAGAAGGCAAUUGUGGUAGAAGAAUUGAGGCAAUUUUGGGCUGAUAAGCAUCGUCCAAGAUCACUGGAUGAGUUCAUCUGUCAUAGACAGAAAGUGCAGCAGCUUAAACAACUUGUCUCUCCAAGCAACUGUCCUCAUAUUCUUCUCAAAGGACCAACUGGCUCUGGAAAGAAAUCUGUGUGUUUGGCUUUGCUACACGGACUGUUUGGUGAUUCAUCUUCAAGAGUCACUUUUGAGUUAAAACAUUACAAAGUCCAGUGGCAUACCAUUGCUGAAGCCAUGAAAGUCAGCUUCCUUGUUCUUGAGUCAAAUCCAUUGCAAAUUACAGUCCCAUUAGCAUCAAGUGCUCAUCAUUUGGAACUUAAUUUGAGGUUGCUAGGGAAGAAUGCUAACCAUGCUUUAAUGGCUGUUGUGAAGGAGAUAGCUGAAAAUCACGUGCUUGUACCUGAAAUUAGCGAUGCAAGUUUUAAGAUGGACAUUAAAGUGAUUGUUCUUUAUGAGGUCGACAAAGUAACAGAAAAUGUUCAGCACUUAGUAAAAUGGAUAAUGGAUUGUUAUGCUCAUGUAUGCAAGAUCUUCAUAUGUUGUCAAGAUGACUUUGCUAUUACUGAUUCCAUUAAGAGCAGAUGCAAAAUUAUUAGCAUUGAUGCCCCAGUUACGCAUGAGAUAGUGGAGGUUUUAACUCAGAUUGCAGUGAGGGAGAGCUUUGAGUUGUCAACAACAUUUGCUGCCAGAAUUGCAACUAAAUGCAAACACAACAUAAGGAAGUCAAUAAUGGCCCUUGAAGCAUGUAAAGAACACAAUUAUCCCUUCAUGGAUAGGCAACUAAUACAUACUAGCUGGGAGGAGAUUUUAGUUGAAAUUGCAGCAGAGAUUUUAGAUGAUCCAUCACCAAGAAGGUUAGUUUUGGCUCGAGGGAAGUUUCAGAAGUUGCUUGUGGAAUUUGUUCACCCGAAGUUGAUUCUCCAAAAACUUGUGGAAGAAUUGCUCAAGGGAGUAGAACGCAGUAGGAAAAGGGAGAUCUUUUAUUGGCAUGCGUACUACAACAAGAGGUUGCCUGCUGGAACAAGUGCACUGAUGAAAUUAGACGAAUUCGUAGCCAAGUUUAUGAGCAUUCACAGGAAGAGUUUAGCAACACAGUUCGAAGUAUAAAAUCUCGAAUAAACAAUUUGUGUACAAGACUUAAUUCUGAACACCUGUUUUACCAAAGCAAUAUCCAGAAUCCAUAUUUUUAUCAUGAUAUUGUGACCGAAUUAUCCUUCUAAGUAGAAUCCUGUAAAUUUAGUAUGAUUUUACUUUUCAUCUCGCAUGUCUUUCUAGCUAUAACUUGUUACAA